GCCUCAGCAAGCGAAGGGCGGGAGUCAUGGCGGAGAGCGGUCCUGUGGAUGGGGAUGCGGUGCCUUCUCCCUCACAGUCGCCUAGCCUCUGCCCUCGGCGGUGGGACCGGCUGAGGUUGGCGGCGGGACCCUGGGCGCGGUCCUUGGGCUUAGUGGCGGCGCUCGGCCUCCUUUACUUUCUGCGGGGCCCGCUCCGGUUGCGAGACAAUUUAGCGGCAGUGACUGUUUUCUUGAGCACGCUGACUCCAAAAUUCUAUGUUGCACUUACGGGGACUUCAUCUUUGAUAUCCGGCCUGAUAUUUAUAUUUGAGUGGUGGUACUUCAGAAAAUACGGCACAUCUUUCAUUGAACAGGUAUCCGUGAGCCAUUUGCGACCACUUAUUGGAGGAGCAGAGAACAGCAGUUCUCAGCAGGCAACUUUCUCUGCCACUAGCGGAGAAAAUGAGAUGAACAGGCAGAGUCUAUCAGAGUGCAAGGUAUGGAGAAAUCCCCUCAAUCUCUUUAGAGGAGCAGAAUAUAGCAGGUACACCUGGGUGACUGGAAAGGAGCCACUUACGUACUAUGAUAUGAACUUGUCUGCUCAGGAUCAUCAGACUUUUUUCACAUGUGAAACAGACUCGCUUCGGCCUUCAGAUGCAGUUAUGCAGAAAGCAUGGCGAGAGAGGAAUCCUCAGGCCCGAAUCAAAGCAGCAUAUCAGGCUUUAGAAUUAAAUAAUGACUGUGCCACAGCAUAUGUUCUUCUGGCUGAGGAAGAAGCAACUACUAUUGUAGAUGCUGAGAAAUAUUUUAAGCAAGCUCUCAGAGCAGGGGAAACAGUUUAUAGAAAGUCUCAGCACUGCAGUUCCCAAAGUCCCCAACAUGAAGCACAGCUUAGAAGAGACACCAAUGUGCUGGUUUAUGUGAAAAGAAGACUAGCUAUGUGUGCAAGGAAACUUGGAAGGAUUAAAGAAGCAGUAAAAAUGAUGAGAGAUUUAAUGAAAGAAUUUCCUCUACUAAGUGUAUUGAACAUCCAUGAAAACCUUUUAGAAGGACUUCUGGAACUACAGGCUUAUGCUGAUGUCCAAGCAGUUCUAGCAAAGUAUGAUGAUAUCAGCCUUCCAAAAUCAGCAGCAAUAUGUUACACAGCAGCACUCUUAAAGGCCAGAGCGGUUUCAGAUAGGUUCUCUCCAGAAACAGCCUCUAGAAGAGGGCUUAGCACAGCAGAGAUUAAUGCUGUAGAGGCAAUACACAGAGCAGUUGAAUUUAACCCUCAUGUUCCAAAGUACUUGCUAGAAAUGAAAAGCUUAAUUUUACCGCCGGAGCAUAUUCUUAAACGUGGAGACAGUGAAGCAGUGGCAUAUGCUUUCUUCCAUCUUCAGCACUGGAAGCGAAUAGAAGGGGCCCUUAAUCUGUUGCACUGUACAUGGGAAGGCACAUUUAGAAUGAUCCCAUACCCAUUAGAAAAGGGCCAUCUAUUUUAUCCCUAUCCUAGCUGCACAGAGACAGCAGACAGAGAGUUAUUACCAACAUUCCAUGACGUCUCUGUAUACCCGCAGAAGGAGCUUCCUUUUUUCAUCCACUUUACAGCAGGGUUGUGCUCUUUCACAGCAAUGUUAGCUCUUCUAACACAUCAGUUCCCUGAACUCAUGGUCAUUUUUGCUAAAGCUUUCUUUGGAACUCUCUUGUCACCUCUGAGCUUCAUGAUGGAGAAGAUGGAGCGCCUCAUGCCUGCUGGUCUUUGGCAUCAGCUGACUCAAAUCUGAGUGGAGCUCAGUGCUUUGAACAAUGUCCUCAGGAACUCUACCAUCUGCACCCUCUCUAGCACAAAAGCACUUGCAGCUAAGGGUGUGAAGGAAGGCAAACUCCAUGAAUUGGUUUUGUUUUACAUCCUAUCAUUGGUGCUUAAAAUUUGCUGUAUCCCUUCUUAAGCCUUAGAAACCGUAUGGAUUUAAGAAUGCACAGCUCACUCUGUGCGUCUGUGGGUGGGUG